CUUCGCCGUCGGGGGCGGGGCUUAGCGGGAAGAGGAAGGCGCAUGCGCCGCCGUCAUGUUGACAGUUACUUAGGAAACCGGGGGCGAUCCCGCCGUCGGAGAGGCCUCUCACGCCCCGCCAUGAGCUCCCAGCCGGUGCAAGGGCUGCCCCUGCUGCCGGGGGCCUCCUUUCGGGACCUCUCGAAAACUGCUUUUCAUCGUUCUCAGACUCUAGAUUAUAGAAAUGGCUUUGCCUUUAAGCAAAUUCCAACUGUGGGCAUUGGUGGAACUCGACUGUAUGUAAACCAGCUGUCCCAAGCUGAACUGGAUGAACUCUCCAACAAAAGACCUACUUUAACAUAUGGUCAACCAAUGCAAGCUCCACCAUCAGACUUCAUCCCUGCACAUGUAGCUUUUGACAAAAAGGUGCUGAAGUUCGAUGGUUACUUUCAAGAAGAUGUCCCUAUAUCUACAGAAGAACAUUUUCGCAUCCGCAAAGUGGGCAUAUAUUAUUAUUUAGAAGAUGAUAGCAUGUCUGUCAUGGAACCAAUUGUGGAAAACUCUGGGAUUCCUCAGGGCAAGUUCAUAAAACGGCAGCGUUUACCCAAGAAUGAUCAUGGGGACAAUUAUCACUGGAAAGAUCUUAACCGAGGAAUCGACAUCACUAUCUAUGGCAGGACUUUCCGAAUAGUUGAUUGUGAUGCAUUUACACAGACUUUUCUACAGAGCCAGGGAAUUGAGUUGAACCCUCCUGAGAGAAUGAUUUUUGAUCCUUACACAGAACUACGUAAGAUGCCUUUACGCAUGUAUGUCACACCUUCAGAUUUUGACCAGCUCAAACAAUUUUUAGCCUUUGACAAAAAGGUCCUUCGUUUCUAUGCCAUGUGGGAUGACACAGAGAACAUGUUCGGUGAAAACCGUUGUUUUAUCAUCCAUUAUUAUUUGGCGGAUGAUACAGUGGAAGUGCGGGAAGUCCAUGAACGAAAUGAUGGCAGAGACCCUUUCCCAGUCCUGAUAAGACGCCAGCGCCUGCCCAAAAAAUUUGUAGAGAACAAAGGAACCUUCCCAUCCUGUGUGCUUGAGAUAUCUGAUCAGGAGGUCUUGGAAUGGUUUACAGCAAAAGAUUUUGCUGUAGGCAAAUCCACCACUCUUCUUGGGCGCUCCUUUUUUAUAUAUGAUUGUGAUGAGUUCACUCGGCAAUUCUAUCGGGACAAGUUUGGCAUCACUGACUUCCAGCCAGUUGAUAUAAAGAAGCCACCACCAGAGAAAAUCAAACAGAUAAUCCCACCUUACAAUGGUUAUGGCUUCAUAGAGGACUCACUCCAGAACUGCUUCAGCCUGAUUCCACAACCACCUAGGAAGAAUAUUGUUAAGAUGCUAGAAAAUGACCAUAAAGUGUUGCGCUAUGCAGUUAUAUUGGAAUCACCAAACCUUGAAGACAGCAAGCGUCGGUUUGUCCUCUCUUAUUGCCUUGCUACUGACAUGAUCAGUAUCUAUGAACCACCUGUGCGUAAUUCAGGAAUUAUUGGAGGCAAAUACCUGGGGAAGACCAGAGUCCCCAAACCAGGGUCUUCAACAGAAAACCCUGUUUAUUAUGAACCAUCUGACUUCACUAUUGGAGCUAUGGUGGAAGUGUUUGGCCACAGGUUCAUUAUUGUAGAUGCUGAUGAAUAUGUCCUAAAUUAUAUGGAAAGCAAUUUGGGCAGCUUCCCAGCAGCAGUCGUGGAAUCUAUGAGGAAUCACUUUGCACCUCGCAAGGCAGCAAAAGAGGCACUAAAAAACUUAUCAACCUGUGUUCUCAUGGGAAAGACCAGAUAAGAUAUCCCAGCUUUCUGAAAGCUUUUCAGUGCUGACUGCUAUGAAAAGAUACAAAAAGUAGCAGGAACCAAAUUGAUCAAUGUGUAUUAAAAGGUGGCCAUUCUUGA